CAGUGCAAACACUGAAAAGAAAAAAAUAAAAAAAGAUUGAAAGAAAGAAAGAAAGAACUCCAACUAGAUUGGUGAAAGGCUUGCUUUGAGUAUUCUUCCACCACAUGGGAAAGCAAAAGAUGGCAUUAAAGCUCACAGUGGAGGAUGAAAAGAAACGGUCUAAGGCCUUGCAAACUGCUGUAGGAUUUUGCGGUGUUAUAUCGGUGGAAAUCCAAGGAGAUAAACUUGUGGUGAUCGGAGAUGGAGUAGAUCCAGUGAAGAUGACAAGUCGUUUGAGGAAGAAGAUGAAAGGUCAUGUGAACAUUGAGAGUGUUGCUGGAGUUGAAGAGAAGAAAGAAGAAAAGAAAGAAGAAAAGAAGGUUGAAGUUCAACCAGUAAUAAACUGCCCUUGCUUCAAUCAACAUCCCUGCUUUGUGCCACCGCCUUAUGUUUUAGACUAUCCUCAUGACAAUUACCCUAGUUGUUCUAUGAUGUGAAUAUAUAUAUAUAUUCAUAUAUGCUGGGUAAGCCUGUGUCUCCAGACAGUAGCCUUCGCCGUCCCAACUUGUUUUAUUUUCUUUCUUCCCUGCUUCUU